AUGGAUUUGCCUUUUAACACCAUCGACUCGCCUAAUUAUGAACUUGUGGUGACUAUACAAUUUUUGAGCAUUGUGAUGACAGGAUAUGGAUACGGUGUUUUUAGCUCUUUUCUUUUGGUAACAAACGAUAUGAUCGUUGAUGCAGCAUACCGAAUGACCUGGUACAGCAUGCAGCCUUCUAUGAGUCGACAAGUACUAUUUUUACUUUUAAGAUCUCAGAAAGGAAUGCAGCUGACUGUCGGAAAAUUUUCAAAGCUUCGUUUAGAGACCUUCACUUGGGUCACCUAUCAAUUACAGACACUGCAAGAAGGAAAUGAUCUUCCACAACUGUUGAAGUAUGCCUGCAGCUACAUUGCAAUUUGCUCAGAGGUAUUCACAUAUUGCUACGCCGGAGAGUACCUCAACAUGAAGAGCGACAUGAUUGUCGACACAGCAUACCAAAUAUCUUGGUACAAUUUGGAGCCCUCUAUGAGUCGACACGUAAUACUCUUACUUUUGAGAUCUCAAAAAGGAUUGCGGCUGACUUUUGGUAAAAUAUCCACCCUUAGUUUGCAAACCUUCUCCGGGGAAGUUGAUGAAGAACCACCGAGCCCCAGGUUCAAUGAAGCACCGCCGCCGUUGCAUCGUGAGAGUGACAAACGCGAGGGUUCGAACAUAAUGGACUUUGAGGAAUCAGUGGCAGCCGGAAUCUAG